UUUCUGUGGCCCGCCCUCUCCUCUAGCCCCGCCCCCUGCAUGUAGACCUCCAUUGUGGGUCCACAGCAGCGGUUCACGUCGCGGACUAGAAGGAAGACACGUCGCUUCGCCACACCAACAAGCAGCCGAGCUGAGCUCCAGGUUCGGUGCCGCCGCCCUGAGGUUCGGUACCGACCAACGUUGUGUUCAGGGCCGCUUGGAGCGGUCGCUGUCGUGUUUUUCCUUCCAAGUUUGGAGCAGAGCAGCCCCGACAAGACGACCAUUUACUGCGGAGGCGGCAGCCCGCACCUCCCUGCGAGGAGGGCAAAAGAGGAGGAGGAGGAGCAGCUUCUCUCCUGCAGCCAGUCAAGUGGGGGAGGAGCUUAAAGCAAGAGUGGGCUCAGGGGUGUAUGCCCCUCCCCCUUUAGCCCAGCAUCAGUGACAAUGUUCCAGGGUGUCGGCAUGGGAGGUGUCAGAAUGAGCGUCCUCCUGCUGGCUCUGCUCCUGGUGGCCGUGCGAGGAGAAGAGGGAGGAGGUGAGCUGGAGGCGUCCAUGCAUUCCUCACUCCUCCUACACUUCCAGGAAGUCACCUCCGACGCCAACACGGCAGCCGCUCGGCAGAACUUCCCAGACUCCUCGGCAGCGGUGGGCCGGCUGUUUCAGAUGAAAAUGCCUACCAAGAUGGAGGACACAUAUGUUGGCCACGUGACGCAGAUCUCCGAGUCAGGGAAGGAUGUCCUGCCCGCCUGGCUGCACUGGCAUGCCGCCCAAAGGAUGCUGCAGGGUGUACCACUGGAUGAGGAUAAAGGCGUUCAUUACAUCACGGUGACCCUAUGCAACAUCACCAAAUCGCCAGAAUCAUCUUGGUCAGAGGUGUUCUCCGUCGAGGUGCACCCUGAAGAUCAUUUGGAGGCCGACUUGCCUCAGACCACGUCCAACCAAGUCGCCACGGAACACGAGCUGUUCACGUGCGGUGACGAGGAACCGGUGACUUUGUUGACGGUCAUCCUGGAUGCUGAUUUGACCAAAAUGAGCUCCCAGCAGAGGGUGGAACUCCUGGAGAACAUGCGUAGCUUUUCAGGGAUGGAGCUGCACUUGAUGAAGUUACUUCCUGUGGUCAACAACCGGCUCUUUGACAUGUCUGCUUUCAUGGCGGGACCCGGGAAUGCCAAAAAGGUGGUGGAGAACGGCGCCUUGCUGUCAUGGAAGCUGGGUUGUUCGCUCGACCAGAGCGCCGUACCAAACAUCGACAGCGUCCAAGGACCGGCAAAAGCGGGCACCAUGUCGGCGAAGUUGGGGUAUCCCGUGGUGGGCUGGCACAUUGCGAACAAGAAGCCUCACGUUGCCAAGCGUGUCAGGCGCCAGUUAAACAACACCCCCACGCCGGUCCUGACCGUGCUUCCUCCGACCAGCGCAGUUGAACCUCCAGUGAGGAUUGUCCCCACUCUGUCCUCGCCUUCAAUCGCCACUCCGACCGAAAGCUCGGUGCAGCCUGUUCGAGGGCCUGUGCCGCUACCGGGGAAGCCCACCAUUCGAGUCCGUGAGCCGAUCAGCCACACACCCACCCUGGGCCCCCCUCAGCCGACCAGGAUGAUGGACACCACCAGCACCGUCCUCAUUGAACCAACAGCAACCAGGCCCACCCACGUGGAAGCCACUGCCACGCCUUCUACGCCCACACGAAAACCUACAAGGAAGCCCAAAAGACCCAAAACCACACCCGUGCCCAAAGAACCAAAGACGUCCACUGCCAAGCCGUCGAGGCGCACCACACCGUCUCCUGGCAUCGUCCCAGAUCCCUACAAUGAAAAACCAGUAUUGCGCAAUCCUAUUGACCAGGUCAACGCUUUAGUGGGCACCUACUUUGAAGUGAAGAUCCCCUCAGACACGUUCUUCGACAAAGAAGACGGAACCACUGACAAGCUGCGUCUAAGCCUGAGGAAGAACCUAAAUGAAGUGGUCGGUGAAGGUUCCUGGAUCCAGUUCAACAGCACCAGUCAGCUUCUCUAUGGAAUUCCAGAUGUGCAGAACGCAGGAAAACACGAGUACUUCAUGCAGGCCACUGACAAAGGUGGACUGAACGUCAUCGACGCUAUUGAGGUCCGCGUCAAUCGCUGGCCCGCUAACGAUAAAUCUCCCGUUGUCUUCACCGCCCGACUGGAAGGAGAACCACGCUCAGUCACCCACGACAUCCACAGGAAGAUCCUGCUGGUCAGGAAGUUGGCGUAUGCGUUGGGAGAUCGGAACAGCAGCAUGGUGAGCCUGAAGAACAUCAGCAAAGGUUCCAUCCAGGUGGAGUGGACCAACAGCAGCCUGCCACAGCAUCCCUGUCCCAAGGAGCAGAUCAUGACCAUGAGCAGGAUGCUCGCAGACGCCGACGGACGACCCUCACAAUCCUUAAAAAAUUCCAUGGAGCCGGAAUUUCGACCCCUGGGUGUCACGGUGAAGGGAAGGGCAAGUUGCAGGACAUUCUCCUUCAUCCCUCCUGGAGAGAUGGAAAUUCCGGAACCUCCAGCAGUCACGCCGGCUCUGGGAACCGGGCGGCAGAGUACAGACGAUGUCUACCUCCACACGGUCAUUCCCGCCGUGGUGGUGGCAGCCAUUCUGCUGAUAGCGGGAAUCAUGGCCAUGAUCUGUUACAGGAAGAAGCGGAAAGGCAAGCUGACCCUGGAGGAUCAGGCCACCUUCAUCAAGAAAGGUGUUCCCAUUAUCUUCGCCGACGAGCUGGAUGACUCCAAACCGCCGGCCUCUUCCAGCGCCCCCUUGAUCCUCCAGGAGGAGAAGCCUCCUCUGCCGCCUCCCGAGUACCCCAACGUGGCCACGCCAGAGACCACGCCCCUAAACCGGGAACUGCUGGGGGAGUACACGGCACUCCGGGACGAGGACCCCAAUGCGCCUCCUUAUCAGCCGCCGCCACCCUUCACGACGCCCAUGGAAGGCAAAGGCUCCCGGCCCAAGAACAUGACUCCCUAUAGAUCACCACCACCCUACGUGCCCCCCUAAGACCUGUUGGGCCCCGCCCCUUCCUGCUCACGCUGCUUCCUGGUCUUCUUUACACCGUCUGGACUUUUCUGCGGCCGGACAUACGAGGUGCUAAUGGUCAACACCACUAUGGAGUUUGCCUUUCUAGUGGGGAGGGGGGCGGGGCUUGGAAGCCUGGAUGUUAUAGCGGUCGCUGAGCGGCUAAAGAGGCACGUGACAUUUAACCACAACGGUCAAGAAAUGAGCGCUCCAGACGGGAUGGGGUGGGGGAGGGGGGUGUCUCUUUUAUUCUUUUUUUUCAGGACGGAGUCGUUUUCCUAACAUUUUUCCGUCUUUUGGAUAACACAAGGACUGUGUGCGUGUGUAUGCGUGAUCACAGUCGACAACAAGCAGGUUGUCAUGGCAAUGUGGUGGUCCUGCUUCUAGGGUACAUGUAUAAAGAUGGAGUGGGGGGGGGUCUUGUGUGAAGCAAUAAAUGACGUCUGAUGUAAUGAAUGAUUGAUGAUUAUGAAGGUGCUCCAAUCAUGUCAGCUAAAGUCUCUGCAGGUUAUUUGGAUGGAGAUUAUUUUUCUACGUAAGGACGAUGAGGUCGCUGAUGUCACAAGGAAAGAACUUUUUUAAUCCACUUUUGAUACUUUGUCAAAGUGAUGGUUACUAAAUGAAUAAUAAUAAUAAUAAUAAUGGGUAGAAACUAGAAGUUGUGUUGAUGACUUUCAUGUGCGUGCCUUUGCAUUUAUCUUUGCUCAUACUUGAUGUACUUUUAUUUUGACAUGACUGACGUUUGAUUGGCUCACAGGCUUCUUUCACUUUCCAUAAUAAAACCAUGUGGUACGACAUCGUCA